AUGAACUGGCGCGGGGACGCCGUUCCCCAAAAGAAAACAGACAAUUCGUUUAAACGAUCGCAGGUUUCCACUCCCGCUAAUAUAUUACCCGCCUUGAAACCUCUCUCUCUCUCUCUCUCUUUCUCUCUCUCUCUCUGUUUCAAUGCGCGUGCGCGCGAUUGUGUAUACGUUAGUGUUUUCCGCUCUCAAUCUGUUUUCCGUUACUUCUUUUUUCUUCUUCUUCUUCUUCUUCUUCUUCUUCUUCUUCUUCUUCUUUCAAUAAAUAGUUCAGGUUAUCUUCCCGGUCUUUUUUUUUUCUAUCUAUCUAUCUAUCUAUCUAUCUAUCUAUCUAUCUAUCUAUCUAUCUAUCCAGAAGAUUCCCGGGUUACGUCGGACCCGAUACAACUUGAUACGCAAUCGUACACAUGGCCCGGUGCUCAGUUACCUCCCUUGCGAACAAGAUCCGGAAAUGUUCAACCACACGCGCUUUGUCAAUUGGUUGCUUGUCAGCGAUCAUUUUUACAAUUUUUUCGCCUGCCACAUGGUGAUGAGUCUGACAGAGUGUCAGAGGCUUCGCUAAUAUUUAAUCCCCCUCUCUCUCUCUCUCUCUCUCUCUCUAAUCACCAUUGUAGGCAACCACGCCACCAUUUCAUUGGUAAUGUUCUCUUCAUUGUUACAACCGCAUCUUAUUUGACAAAACAUAUUCGCGCGUCUGUUUGUUUAUUUCUCUCUCUCUCUCUCUCUCUCUCUCUCUUCUUCUUUCUUUCUUUCUUUUUCUCUCUCAUUGCUCUUUUCUACUCCUUCCUCUCUCUUUGA